AUGUCUUCACCAGGCUACUGGCCCGCUUCUCCCGCCUUUGGCGAGACUCUGCAGAAUGUCGCCUGGCAUUCGGGAGGGCAAGCAUGGGGCCCUAACGUCGAACCCAAACGCACCUUCCCCGUCGAAACACCCUACAUAACCUGGCUCCCCGACCGAAAAGGCUGGUACCAAGGCCGCGAACGCCUCCGCAACUUCACCCCAAACUACUACUUCACCCGCCCGCACGACGGAAAACGUCCCGGCUUCGUUGGUCGGCUCACCGACGCACUGAAAGGUGAAGGCGGCGAUGUCUUCGUGACGAGCAGCGGCGAUAAGAGGACAUUAUUGCGUGAUCGACCGCAAAGGUGGGAGUGGGGAGGCUGGGGAUUGAAUCCGUACGAGCUGUGGGAGAAACGGACGUUUGAUCGGGAUUGGCGGCCGCAGGAUGAGAUGAAGGCGGUUAAUCACCCCUUCACGGCGGGUAGGAAGAGUGUGCCGUUGUAUAACUUCAAGUCGCGCCAAUUUGAGAGUGAGCAGGAGGUGAGGAAGCAUCCGUGGGAGGUGUGGACGAAUGCGCAGUGGCCGCAGAGGGGGGAAAGGGGUGGGUCGGCGGCGUGGAAUGUGAGGGACUUGAAUGGGCAGUGGUGGUCGCGUAUUCAUCCUUCCGCGAGGAUCUACCCGGGAGCUCGGCCACGACCGUGA